AUGGGAAGCUUCUUUUCGCAUCCGACCGGGAUGGAAGUGGUCAAGAAGAAUCAGGAAUACAUUUCCGAGAUGAACAAAAUAAAGAUGGAACGCUGGAUUCAGAUGCACUAUCAGAUGAAGGAACGUGAAACGGCGAUGCAAAUCUCACGGGCACGGGAGCUAUUCUACUGGCUCGCAUCGUUCUAUGGCGUAUCAACCGUCGGACUGAUCGGACGGUUCCGGACCACGAAACGUCCUGGUACGCUUGCACCGAUCGUACCGCUAUCGUUUGUAGUCGCCUACUAUGCGGAUCUUGCGUACGGGACAAAGAUACAUCGAAUACAAGCGGAAGCGGAAAUGAUUAUGCAUAACGAGCCAGAACUAUUGGAGUGGCCCAGCGGACUACCCACGGUGUCGGAGAUCGAUUCGGCACGUCUUGAUAUUGAUGAUAAGAUUCGACUCCAUCCUCAUCAGCUAUGA